UGUGUGUGUGUGUGUGUGUGUCCUGUAGGUGGCGCUGUGCUGUGUCCUCUGCAGUGUGUGUGUGAGACGAGGCCCUGGUACACCCCCCAGUCUGUGUAUCAUCAGGCCAGGACGGUCGACUGCAACGAACUCCAUCUGCACAGAGUCCCGGCCAACGUUUCCUCCCACACACAGGUGCUGCUGCUGCAGAGUAACAACAUCUCCUCCAUCACGACCGAACUGGAGAGUCUGACCAACCUCACAGAACUGGACCUGUCCCAGAACCACUUCACACAGGUGAGCUCCAUGGGUCUGUCCUCUCUGGGCCGGCUGGUGACUCUGUACCUGGAGGAGAACCGCAUCGAGGAGCUGGAGGACUUCAGUCUGAGGAACCUGUCCAGUCUGGAGGAGCUCUACAUGAACCACAACCGGAUCACCUCCAUCGGACCCAAAGCCUUCGCUGGACUCACCAACCUGCUGAGGCUCCACCUGAACUCCAACCGCCUGGUGGCCAUCGACAGCCGCUGGUUCGAGUCCCUGCCGUCGCUGGAGAUCCUGAUGAUCGGGGAGAACCCCAUCCUGGGUCUGGAGGAGAAGAACUUCCUGCCUCUGGCGCGCCUCCACAGCCUGGUGCUGGCCGGGAUGGGCCUGGCCUCCGUGCCCUCUGCCGCCUUCCUGGGCCUGGACUACCUGGAGAGCCUCUCCUUCUACGACAACCGACUCAGGUCUGUACCGCGUGACGCUCUGAGCAUGCUCCCUAACCUGAAGUUCCUGGACCUGAACAGGAACCCGAUCAGCCGAGUCCAGCAGGGAGAUUUCCAGAACCUUCAGCACCUGGAGGAGCUGAGUCUGAACAACAUGGAGGAGCUGCUGAUGGUGGAGCGAGCCGCUUUCCAGAACCUUCCGGAAAUCGCUAAGCUGGAGAUCUGCAGCAACCCACGGCUGUCUUACAUCGACCCACAAGCCUUCAGUGAGCUGUCCUCCCUGAGGACUCUCCUCCUCCACAGUAACCAGCUGAGCCUCCUCUCCUCCUCCCUCCUCUCCUCCCUCCCUUCCCUGGAGGAGGUGUCUCUCCACUCUAACCCCCUGCGGUGUGACUGUCUGUCCUCCUGGGGGCCUCACCUGGGGAACCAGUCGCACCUGAAGAUGCUCGAGUCCUCCAUCACGCUGUGCUCCUCACCGCCUCACCUGAUUGGCCGGGAGCUGCAGGAGGUGGUGGGGGCCGGGUGGGGGGGUGUCGAUGGCGAUGGCGAUGGUGGUGGCGGCGAGGGGGGCGGAGCCAACAGCUGCCUGCCUCACAUCUCUCCUCACGCCUUCCCGCCCGCCAUGAACAUCAGCGCUGGGCAGCCAAUCACACUGGAGUGCUGGGCGGACGCUGACCCCGCCCCCCAGUUCUACUGGGUGACGCCCACUGGAGACAAGGUGAGCUCGGAGGCGGUGGCUGCACCAAUCAUAUCAGAGGAGGGGCGUGGCCUGAGCAGCAGGAGGAAGAAGAAGAAGCAUCGUGUGUCGGAGCCCGGAGCGCUGGUGAUCGAACACGCCGAGCCGUCAGACACAGGUGUGUAUACCUGCGUAGCCUGGAACAUGGAAGGUGCAGACACGAAGAGCGUCUCGGUGUUGGUGGACUCCCAGGGGUCUGUGGGCUCGUGGUUGGGCGGAGGGAUCCGGUGGGGCGGUGAGCCCAGCAGAGAGCAGCCAUGGCUGGGGAACUCGUCCAGCGCUGCAGCCUCUCUGGUGGUCCUGGCGAAGGUUGUGCGCGCCCAGUCGGUGGUGUUGGAGUGGAAGUUGUAUCCCAGCAGAGGAGCUUCGUCUGUGGGUCAGAACCAGCAGGACGGCCCCCUCCCUCUGACCCGGUGGACCAGCGCCACAGUGCACAUUGACAACCCUCAGAUCAGCUACACCGCCAAGGUCCCAGUGGAUGUCCAGGAGUAUAAUCUGACUCACCUCCUUCCUGCCACCGAGUACCACGUCUGCCUCACCGUCUACUCCUCUCUUCCCUCCUCCUCCUCCCCCGUCUCCCCCUCCUCCUCCUCCUCCCCCCCCUCCUCCCCCAUCUACACCUCCUGCCUGAACGUCACCACCAGGGAGACGGGCUUCUCGGUGGAGCUGGUGGCGUCGCGGCGCAGCAACGUGGCGCUGGCGGCAGUCAUGGGCUCCAUGUUCGCCCUGUCCAUCAUGGCGCUGCUGGUGGUCUACAUGGGCCGCCGCGUGCAGCAGCACAAGUCCUGCGGCCACUCGCUGAAGAAGUACAUGCAGCACGCCACGGCCGCCAUCCCGCUCAACGAGCUGUACCCGCCGCUCAUCACGCUGUGGGAGAGCGAAGCCGAGAAGGACAAGGAGGAGAGGGAGGCCGGGGGGGAGGAGGCAGGGGGGAGUCAGAUCGACACCACCAAGACCUACAUGUGGUAGCCGCCGGAGAGAAACGACUGGAAGAAAAGAAAGACUUUGGAGGGUUUUAAAGCGCCCAUAUUAUGCUCAUUUUCAGGUUCAU